CAUCAUCAUCAUCAUGAUUGUCAAUUUACCAUUAUCAUCAGACAAGAAGAAAAUUAUAGCUCCAGCUCUCUUUCUCUCUCUUCUUCUCUCUCUGAUUUUCAGUUUUUUUCUAGAACGUCCCUCAAUUUUUCUGGAUUUCGAUCUCCUAUUUACUUUUUACUUCUCUGUCCAGUUGUUUUUCCCUUUGCCGGUAUUCCCACGCAGGAAUAUAUGAUGUAUGCGAACAAGACUGUUCAAUUUUUAGAUUUGGCGUUGCGUAUUUGAUCAUCGAGAUCGGAAAGCAUUUCUCAAAAGAUUCGAGCUUUGGAUUCUGUUUUGGUUGCCUCUUAAUAUAUAGUACUAGAGGAAGGACUAGGGUUUGACGGGUGGUGAGAUUGGGAAUGGGGGGAAGGAAUUUGGGGAAGUGAAUAAGGAAUUGGAAGAAGUCAAAGGCUUGUUGUUGUUGUUGCUGUGUGUAGACGGAGCAGAAAAUGCUGUAUCUGAAGCAACCUAGUUGGAUGAUGCGUGUGGGGCUCUGCGUGUGUACUGGUCGUUAAAUUGGGAAUAGAAUAGUCGGAACUCGGAGUUGUGAAUGCUGGAAUAAUUGAUUCCCGAGCCCGGUGGUUGGCUCGGGGAGUUGUUUAUUUUAUUUAUUUAUUUUUUUGCGGGUGGGAUCUGGUGAAUUGAACCACCAAUGGCUGCGUCAGAGAACGAGCUGCCGCCAACUCCGCCCCAAUCUCUUCUUCUUGAUGGACAACAACAGCAGCAGCGGGAGCCGCCGCCGUCGUCUCCUCCGGCUCCACCUUCUCCGCUUCCGGAGGGCUUUAUGCAGAAAUUUCGGCUCUAUGAAACUAGCUCGAAAUUCUACAUGAUAGGCAGGGACAGGAGUAGAACAUACUGGAGAGUAUUGACAAUUGACAGGAUGGAUCCUUCUGAGCUUAAUAUUCGUGAAGAUUCUGCCACCUAUACAGAAAGGGAAUGCUCUGAUUUGUUGAGAAGAAUACAUGAAGGAAACAUGUCUACAGGAGGGUUGAAAUUUGUCACUACCUGUUACGGGAUUGUUGGGUUCAUCAAAUUUCUAGGGCCUUAUUAUAUGCUGCUUAUUACAAAGAGGAGACAGAUUGGCGCCAUAUGUGGUCAUUCCAUAUAUGCGGUCUCUAAGAGUGAGAUAAUCCCACUGCCAAAUUCUUCUGUCCGGUCCAAGCUGAUUAAUAAUAAGAGUGAAAACAGGUACAAGAAGCUCCUAUGUAUGGUGGAUCUUACAAAGGACUUCUUCUUCAGCUAUUCAUACCAUGUAAUAAGGAGUUUACAAAAGAACAUGUCUGAUAAUGAGACAGGACAAGUGGUCUAUGAAACCAUGUUUGUCUGGAAUGAAUUUUUGACUCGUGGAAUUCGGAAUAUCCUUCACAAUACCCUCUGGACAGUGGCACUGGCUUAUGGAUUUUUCAAACAGGCUACCCUUUCGAUAUCUGGGCAGGACUUCAAGUUGGCACUCAUUGCAAGACGUUCUAGGCAUUAUGCUGGCACCAGAUAUCUGAAACGAGGGGUAAAUGAAAAGGGCAGAGUUGCAAACGAUGUCGAGACUGAACAGAUUAUAUUUGAGGAUGUUCCAGAAGGUUUUCCCAUGCAGAUUAGUUCUGUUGUCCAAAACCGUGGGUCAAUUCCGCUCUUUUGGUCACAGGAAACAUCACGCCUCAAUAUUAAGCCUGAUAUUAUAUUGUCAAAGAAGGAUCAAACUUAUGAAGCAACUAGACUGCAUUUUGAGAACCUUAUCAAGAGAUAUGGGAACCCUAUAAUUAUUUUGAAUCUUAUAAAGACUCAUGAAAAAAAACCCCGGGAGUCCAUUCUUCGUGCUGAAUUUGCCAAUGCAAUUGAAUUCAUCAAUAAGGAUCUAUCUGAGGAGAACCGGCUUAGGUUCCUUCAUUGGGAUUUGAACAAGCACUCACGAAGAAAAGCUACAAAUGUCUUGUUUUUUCUGGGGAAAGUGGCUACAUAUGCAUUGACUUUGACAGGUUUCUUCUACUGUCAAACAAUACCACCCUCAAGAUCUGAAGGAUAUUUGAAGGGACCUUGCCUUGAGAAUACUUGUGCCAACACAAUCGACCCAUUAAGACAUUCCAACACGGAUAAUGAGAAAUUUAGUGAUGAUGAAUAUGGUGACUCAGAUACCUCUAAGGGAAAAUCAAAUGGUUGUGACUAUGUGGCUAAUGGCAAUCCUUCCAUUAAGCUCCCAAUGUUCCAGAAAGGGGUGCUGAGGACAAAUUGCAUAGAUUGUUUGGAUCGAACUAAUGUGGCACAGUAUGCCUAUGGUUUGGCUGCUUUGGGCCAUCAGCUGCAUGCUUUAGGAGUUACAAAUUCCACAAAAAUUGACCUUGAUGAUCCGUUGGCUGAGGACUUAAUGGGCUUCUAUGAGAGAAUGGGUGAUACCCUUGCCCAUCAAUAUGGUGGCUCUGCUGCUCAUAACAAGAUUUUCUCUGAGAGAAGGGGUCAAUGGAAUGCUGCAAUCCAAUCACAAGAGUUCUUUAGAACUCUUCAGAGAUACUACAGUAACGCUUACAUGGAUGCAAUGAAACAAAAUGCUAUUAAUGUAUUCUUGGGUUACUUUCAACCACAAGAAGGAAAUCCUGAUAUUUGGGAACUGGACCCUGACCAGCAUUACAAUGUGGGUAGGAAUGGGGAGUCAAAUAUUGAUGAAAAUGGAAGGUCUCUAUUCAAAAGGUCAUUGUCUGAUGGGAACGUUCUUCGGCAAAGCUGCUCACCCAUGCCAACCCAGAACUUCGAGAAGGAUGUUUCUGUCUUUACUAAUCAGUCAAAAGGAAAUAAAGUGCAUUCUGAAUCUAGCCCGGAGAUAUCAACAUGUGAAAGUGAUUUGUCAUAUUCUAGAUACACACCAUCUAUGCCUGCAAGGGAGUUUUUUGCAGAAAUGCAAAGUGAUAGGUGCCUUGAUCAAGAAAAUGGAGACGGCUAUGACUGUUCAAACUUUGUUGACCUAGACUGGCUUUCUUCUUCUGGAAAUUCCUGCGAGGAAGAGUUGCUGGAAAGGUCAAUCUCCACAAACUCUCCCACUGCUGGUCUGUCCUCAGAUAAUAUUGUCAAUGAAAUCGGAGAAACAACCCCUUCAACUAGCGAAGGAGAAUCUAGUGUCAAGGGACGAGGACAGGUGAGAGCGGAGGAGCCCUACAAUGAUCCCCAUAGUUGCGAAGUUCUCGAGGAAUUUUCAGAUAGUUUUGUACGCUGGGUUACCUAUGGAGAGACGCUUUGUCAUUGAUGCAGAUUUUAAUGGUUGUAGCAGCAUUCAUUACACGGAAUUGGACUACAAUCCUAUUCUUACUGAUGCUCACUGGAGACAAUACAAAGACGGGCACCAAAGCCGGGCGAAGAGAAGCAGUUGUUGUAAAGCAAAAGCCGUCGUCUAGUCCAUCAGCAGCAUUAAUUCGACCGGGAAAAUCCCGGUUGGGCGAGCUUUAUACUAUAGUACAUAGUUCACAGUUCUAUAAAAUUCUUUCAGGAGCCUUUUCCCCUUUCUUUUCCUGUUAUCUUUUUUGUGGACUCUGUCAUUUCCCCAUGUUGUAAAUAUACAUGUUUUUGACAGCUCCACUUCACAGCUUCAGACCAAUUGAUUCUUUUACAUGUGACUAAUUUGAAAGUUGAUACUGCAAAUAUUUGUGUUAGAUAAUGAACCACUUAGCUACAUGUAUACUUGCGGCGAUUGGUUUGGGUUAUCUCUUAGGAAUGUGAAUAUAGUACUA